UACCGAACGACGUCCAUUUUGUGUUGUUCGAUCCUGUUCUUCCCUCAGCGAUUUAUGCAACCAGCCAGAAUAAUUCUUCAUUUUAUACCAAGAUAGUGUGUUUACUGGAUGUGAUUCAACAGUAGUUUAAAUCAUAAUAAAAAUACAAACAAACAUGGAGACAGAUGUGAAUUCGGAUAACACAACCUUGUCCAACAGUGCCAUUCAAAAUGUCUUAUCCAAUCCAGAAGUCCUCCAACAGCUGAUGAUGACACAGGCUGGUUGUCCUUCAUCAGAGAUACAAGGAAUUAAAAUCGGAGACAGAAUAUUGCCAGUAAGAGUAUGUGACCGUGAUGGUCAAAAGAUCAUGCAGAUAGUAUUACCUGAGUCGCCAAAGAAGGACUCAUUUAAAGAAGAACCACAGAUACUAGAUGAUAGUACAGUUAAUUUAGAAAUGCCAAACUCUGCCAGUGAUUCUAGUAAUCAGAUAAUGCAGACAAUUGAUACUUAUAUGGAAAAUAUGAAUUUUAGUAACCCGUCAUUGCAGGCUCUGCCAAUGCAAACUGAAUCAGUGCAGGAAAGUGGCAUGGAAUUUAUUCAAAACACGCAAGGAUUUGAAGGGAUGCUUCCAUCUGCAUCAGGUUUUAAUAAUCAAAAUUAUUACAACACGUCAGGUUCGAUUAUUACUGAAGGACACAUGUACACAGAUAUUAAUGAUAGUAAAAUUGAUCCUGAGCUGCUGAACUCCUUUCAUAACUCUUUAGCACCAUCUAGUGAGAGUGCAUUUAUUGCAGAAGGUCAGUCAGUAGAUUGUCUACAAAGUCAGAAUAUAGGUCCAACUGGAGAAGGGCAGACAACUGAGUAUCUUCCCACUCGUGAUAUUGUAGCUACUGCCUUUGAAGAAUCAGGUCUACUUCAAGCUACAGCUAACGUUAUAAAUGCUGUUAAAACUCAUUACCAAGAGGAGAAACCUAAAAAGAGAAGAAAAAUAUUUGAAAGAGAAACACAACCUUUGAUUGUAUCGAAAAAUGCAAAGUCAUCAAAGGUUUUGUAUGCAUGCAAUUAUGGCAACUGCCAACGUAAAUUCACCAAUAAAGUUGGUUUAGAUAUACAUUUAUACACACACACAGGUUUAAAGCCAGUUACAUGUAAAUUGUGUGAAAAAUCAUUCCUGAAUAGUAAACUGUUUGAUAAGCACAAAUGUAAAUACAGCCGACCGCUUCAAGAAAUGAAAGGUAUGCGUUUUGAAUGCGAUAUCUGCCAGAAGAGUUUCGGAAACAUUGGUACUUUGUUUGUACAUAAGCGAGGACACAAAGGUAGCAAACCGUACACUUGCGGCCUUUGUUCAAAAACUUUCACACUAAAACCAUCCAUGUACAAACAUGUGAAAUCUCACGGGUCUGAUGUCCGAUAUAAAUGUCAGACUUGUGAAGAAAUGUUUAGAUCCCCUUGGCAUCUGGAAGAGCAUCUCAUGUCACAUUUGAAUGAGAAAAAAGUGUACAAUUGUUCACAAUGCACUAAAGUCUACACAAAUUAUCCCAACUAUUGGAGACAUGUGAAAUCACAUUCCAUUAAAGGUAAAACGCGGGAAAGAGAUAUGCUAAAAUCAAAGAUCUUAACAUCACCGGAAAACAUUGGUGGAGAAGGUCUGAAAUGUAAUGUCUGUUUGAAGUCAUUCACUUCGGUUCUUGGAUUUCAACAGCAUAUACAACUUCAUGGUCCAAAAAGAUUUCAGUGUACUGAAUGCAAGAAACGGUUUGUUUCCAGGGAUUAUUUGCAAAAUCACCUUCAGUGGUACAUUGCUAAAUUUGCUCUCGGCCAGACUGUCUCGGGACAUAUGAAAGUUAUUGAAAAGUACAAGGAAAGUAAUGAUUUGGACAUUGAUGAUUUUCUAGAAGUGAUAGAAAGUGAUGAGGAUGUAAACUCCGACAAUGAAGGAGAUCCAUUAGGAGAAGAGACAUCUAAAACAUACCUAUGUGACAUGUGUGGAAAUUACUUUUUCACAGAAAGGGCUCUGACAAGGCAUAUCAAGUUCCAUAAUAAUAUUCCAUACAAAUGCAGCUACUGUGACAAGAAGUUUAGCUUCCGUGCAAACUUAAUGAGGCAUGAACUUACACAUACAGAUACUAAAGAAUAUGAAUGCAACCUCUGUGACAAAACAUUUACCCAGAAAUCUAGAUUAGAAGAUCAUAUCAAAUCUCAUUCGGCAAUCCGUCCAUAUCCCUGUAAUCUUUGUAAUAAGAAGUUUAGUAGGAUCUCUAAUCUACGAAGACACAAGCAGCUUCAUUCUGUUGAGAAAAAGUAUGAAUGUCCAGAAUGCAAGCGAAGGUUUGUCUGUCCACGAUACUUAAAAGAGCACGUUAUAAAUGUUCAUACUUCAAUGGGAAGGAGGAAACGGGAAUGUCCAAUCUGCAAAGUUUUAUUAAGUGGGAAUUCUAACUUGAACCGUCACCUUAAUUUACAUUAUGGAACCUCAGAUCAAAACAAGAAAUUAGAAUGUGAAAUUUGUCACAAGCGGUUCGAAUUUAAUAGUGACAUGGAAAUACAUAUGAGAUCGCAUACUGGUGAAAAACCUUUCUAUUGCGAAACAUGUUCCAAAAGUUUCAUGUCAAUGUCAAACCUUCGUCGUCACCAGACUACACAUGUUGAAUCAAAAUCUCACGUUUGUGAAAUAUGUGGAAAAGCUUUCAAAAUAGAGCGAUACCUGAUAGAUCAUAGAAAGAUACACACCAAUCCCGUCAAAGUGACAUGUGAAAUUUGUAAUAUGAGUUUUUCAUCAAAUACAAAUAUGAAACGGCACAAACUUAUACACAGUGGAGAGAAACCUUUCAUUUGUACUAUCUGUAACAAAGCAUUUCGUAGCAAGCCAGAUGUGGAACGACAUCGGGCAAUUCAUUUCAAAGAGAAAUCUGAACAGUGCCAUAUCUGUUCAAAAAAAUUCAAACAUAAAGAACUGUUGAGGAGACAUUUAGGCAAACAUGAACGUGGCAUUCCGACUUGUGAUGUCUGUGGAAAACAGUUUCCGACAAACUACAAGCUACAUCGUCAUCAGCAGACCCAUCAGGACAAUUUCAUAUGCAAUGUUUGUGAAACUACAUUUAAAACAAGCCUCCAGUUACAAAAACAUGUUGAAACACAUGACAUCGUAGAAAUGAGAAAACUUCUGUUGAAUAUGGGAUCAAUGAAGAGUACUGGAAACAGUCCGGUAAAAGAUUCUAAACCAUCAACAAAAAUGAAACAUACAGGAACUAUCAAAACUGAACCAAAUGCAGCAAAUAGUAAGAAGAAAUUAAAUGUUCAACCUGUUUCCAUGACCAACUUGCCAUUACUAGCUUCCAACACAGCUGGUACCCCAAUAAUAACUGUCUCACAGAAUCUAAUCUCAGGAUCCUUAACUAAUGUCAUCAGUAUCAAAGAUAUUAGCCAGAUAAAUAUGAAUUAAAUAUCAGUCUUGUUUCACUAAUAAUUCAGAUCAUCUAAAGUGUGUAAAAUUUGAUUAUCAAGAAAAAGAGUCAAUUAUUAUUUCAUCUAAUAAAGUUAUUGUAAAAUUAGAAAUUUUUGCAAUGUGUCUGUCAUUGUAAAAAUUGUGGCAGUAUAGAUUUUCACAAAAAUGAUAAUUCAUAAUUUUUUAUAGCACUAUUUGUAUUUUCUGAGAUUGCAUUAAUUAAUCUCCUAUUUUUGACCAUUUUUCAAUAAUCACAAUUAUAAAUUCAAGAAAAAAACAAAAAACUUAAGCAGAAGUAAAUCAAAUAAAGCAUAAAAUUUGUCAAAUGUCUGAAUAGCAGUUGAAUAAUUGUGUGCAAUGUUAAGGAUUUGUAUGUUUAAAGUUUUAAACUUGUUUUUUUUUUCAUGACGGUCUAAAUUUAGAAAUGAACACUAAAUCGGAAAAAGAAAAUGAAUGAAUUUUCCCAGGCUUUCAAACAGUGUAUUAUUUAUAGUCCCUAAAAAACAUGAAAAACAUUGUUUUUAAAUGUUUUAUAAUAUAGCUUCUAAAUCAUGACAUCCCAAAUGUUUUGUACAUUCAGUAAACAGCUUUCAAAAUUAUCAUGUAUCAAGUUCUAUCAUGGGAAUGUACUGGCAAGAUAAACACCUAUUUUAUAAUCACAGCAAGCCAUAUAUGCUAUAGAUAUUGAAUGUGGUAUCAUAAUUUUUCCUCAAAACUUUUUUGGACUGACAGGAUAUAGUAAAACGGUGUUAUUUUUUCCGAUGAGAAAGGAGAAAAUUCCAAAUACAUUUUAAUUAUCAUCAUACAAUGUACAAUUAUUUUUUAAAUAUCAACUUGAUUUUGUAUAUCCAGUUUUAAUGAUUUUAGUUUGUCAAAUGUUUCAUCUCCUUCUUGCAGAUAAACAUUUCAUGAAUGAAUAUAUAUAUCGCAGGGUUUUUCACUUUUUUGGUCUUUUGAAAAAUGUUGUUUGUGCUGUAUUUAGACCCCUCUACCAAGAAAUUUGUUUUGCAUGCACACGUAUAUAAAUUGCGGUUUUUAUCCAACGCAAUCAUAGGUUUGAACAUUGUUUUCAAUUUAGACUUGUUCAUGUAUAUUAUAUAUAUGCAUAUUUUACUGGUCAAGUCAACUUCGUAUAUGAUUUGAUGUUCCAAUGGGUAAAUAUUUUCCUUCCUGCUAAAAAUACAAACGUAUUCACAUAUCAAACUUUUAAUUUAUAAUUUGUAUGGAAAUAAUAUACAACAGCCAAAAUUUAAUUUCAAGGUUUCCAGUUUCCUAAUAAGUAAAACUUUGAACAACUUUAUGCAUAACGUUUUCAUCUAAUUUUUUACAUUUUUAAUGUCAAUUUUAAGAGUCCUCUUUUUUUUUUUUUAGUACAUAUGCAUGUUUUUGUUUGGAUGAAGAUCUACAUGUACAUGUAUUUGUUGUAUUUAAAAUAAUUGUUCAUCCAUAGGAUAUGCGUAAUAUGGAACUGGUCUUCAUUUGAAUCUAAAGUGAUCAUGGUAAUAACAGGUUAUUUAGAAUUUGUUAAUACAUGUAUGUGACUGUAUAGAAUGGCGAGUAAAGUGCUUAAUGAAUUUCCCGUGAUCAGGCCUGGUGUAAUCAAAUAGUUAAUUUGAGAAAAACAGAUUGUUUUUUAAGAUGCAUUUAUACCAUUUUUCAUAUCAUUGAUCACAUCUUUUGUUGAAGAUGAUACAUUGAAAUUUACUAACAUCUACAGUUGUAUGUCUUUUAGCUAUAUAUAGGUCUCCUAAAUAGUGGAAAUUUAUAAUACAAAUGUAAAUACAAACAACAGUGAACCAACACCUGGUAAAUCUUCAAUACGAUAGAAUCUCUUAAUUGGAUACCUCGGGUAUGGGGGUUGGUACGAUUAAAAUAAACAAAAUGUGAAAGCAGAGCUAUAACAACAACAUUUUAGGGAUUGCUGCAGUAAUUUAAUGAGAUUGACAUGUUUCUUUUUUAAAUUUGGAAAUCCAGAAUAAACAUUAUGCAAACAAAGAAUCAUGAUAAAUCUAUUUUUUUUUUUUGUAUCUUAUCAAACACAUUGCUAACUAUUACUGAAUAUAUUUCACCUGCUUUGUAUGACAUAUAUAUAUAUAUACUAUGUAAUUCAUGUAAUUCAGGAAGUCUAACCGUGUCAUACAUGUAUGUAACAUUUUGUAGUAUAUAUAUUACAUAUAUUGUUAUAAUUAUAUUCUAACACCACUAACAACUCCAAUAUUAUUCCAGAAAUUAAAAAAAUAUAUAUAUAUAUAUCAGUUCAAAACAUUUUAGAAAUUAAUAGGAUUAUAUAGAGGAUUUAUUGUUCAGCCUGCAAUAUUCACUAAAACAAGACAUAAUGGAUUAUUAUCAGGCAGGGACAUCAUUAGCUAUUUGUAUGAACCUUUCCAUUCCAGUAGGAAAAAGAUUCUUGUAUACAGAUGCCUUAUGUUCUGAAGAUCUCUUCUGGCAUGUAUCUGUUCUCUUUGACUUUGUUUUCAUGUUUCUAUGACCACAUAUAAAACAGUUUAGGUUUUCUUAUCGCUGUUUUUUUUUCCUUAGUUAUUUUUCAUAAUUAAGGUCAUCUAUUUUUGGUAAAUUAUAUUGCAAGGUUCAUGUUCAUUAGACAGGGUUCAUCUUAUAUUAACCUAAUUUUUAUGUUACAGUGAUCAACAUUAAGUUUUUUGUGAUAGAUCAAUUGGUAAGUAAUAGGUCUACUAUAUUUAGGCUAUAGAAUGGUUGGAUAGUGUACAUGUUCAUCUGACAUGGUUCAUAUGACCUUUGACCUCAUUUUCUUAGUUCAGUGGUUAGAAUUAAGUUUUGGUAUUAAGGUCAAUAUCUCAGAUACCAUAACUGACGUCAACUUUAUUUUGUGUUGAGAACGAUAGUAAGGUGUUCAUGUCCAUCUGUCAGGGUUCAUCUGACCUUGAUGUCAUUUUCAUGGUUCAGUGGUCUAUGUUAUGUUGUGAAAUUUUUUCUCAGAUAUAAGGUCAGUCUUAGCCAUAUAGAAUGAUUGUGAAGUGUACUUUUGUCUGGCAAGGUUCAUCUGAACUUGACCUCAUUUUUGCAGGGUUAUUUUGUCAUCAUUAAGUUUUCAUAAUUAGGUAAGUUUCUUAGAUAAAAUGAUUAUCAGUCAACUGUUAUUGCUGUAAAGGAUAAUUGUUAGUUUACAUUUCUGUGUGACCAAGUUCUUCUGACCUUUACUGCAUUUCAUGAAUCUUCACAUUGUUCUUGUGAUACCAGUAGUAAUAAUCAGGAAAGCAGGCAAGACAUGUCCGUAUGUACACUGUUGUUAAACAACAGUUUCCAGUUGCACAGCUAAUUAUUGUACAUCUUUUUUUAAUAAGCAUUAAACAUACACUGUAGCAUACAUGUAAUAAUGUAUAGGUUCAUCUGUCUUUUUCUGAAAUUUUUGAAGUCAGAACUAGUCAAGUGUAUCAAGAAUCUGAAAUCUGGUGAAAGUUUGAAAAUUGAUAGCGUUUUUAGAAAUGAUACUGUAAAACUUAUGUAAGUUUAAAUAUUGUUAUACAUGUGACGUGUUACAUCAUUCGAAGAAGAUGUGUUUUAAAGGAAUUGUUUAACAAAUUAUACAAACUGUCAAUUAUUGUCAUUAUCUGGGAUUGUUUAACAAAUUAUACAAACUGUCAAUUAUUGUCAUUAUCUGGAGAUAUGUUAUUCAACUGUUCUUGUUUAUGUUGCUGUUAUAUAAAAAAUAUAUUUUGUUUUUGGUUAA